ACUGAGGAGUUGGCAACACUGCGUGGCUGCCAUCUAGUGGUAAGGCUCUUAUCGUGAAGGUGACAGCUGUCCGGAAGCCACGGCCUCAUUGUGAACGCGGCCAACAGCUUCAAACGGAUCCAUCAUGGCGGAGAGAAAGAAUGAAAUUUUCCGCAGUUUUCCCCAGGCUCUGAACAAGUGGAACCAGCCAGUUCUGGAGCAGGGUCGCGGCAGAGGAAGGCCAGGUCCCAGGCGACAGAGCAGAAGACAGACCGGCGGCAGGAGUAGAUGUCCAGAAGCACCGACAGACAACGAAAAAGCAGAAUUUCCCAAAGUGAGGUCCUCGGUUUCCAAAGAGAACUUGGUGGAAAGGUUGCCGUCUGAGAUUCUGCUCAAGAUUCUGUCGUACCUGGAUGUGUCCUCGCUGUUCUGCAUCAGCCACGUCAGCAAGCUCUUCUACCAGCUCGCCAAUGACGACUUCAUGUGGUACAGGAUCUACAUGUCAGAGUUUGGGUGGAAGCCAAAAGCGGUGGGGAAUGUGGCGGUGAAGAUGGAGCCAGCGGAGGAUCGAUCGACGGGCUGCUGGAAGUGGAUGUACUUCAGGAUGAUGACUGGACGAGAGAUGAACAAGUGGAGAGGAGCGCUGAGAGACAUCGGCCCAUUCACCGGCCUGCCCCAGCAGACUGAGUGGGUGCUCAGGAACCUGAAUGUGAGCUGGGAGCUGAUGCUGCACACUCAGCGGGGUCAGGUGGUCGUGCUGGAGCAGAGCCGAGGGUACUACUUGGAGUCCUCCAUGAUCGUCCACUGGAGCGGAGGCCGCCUUCCGUCCUACCAACACAUCAACAGCAUCCAGCUGUACGGAGUCAGGAAGGAGAAGCUGGCCUGGCGCUCUCUGAUUUUAAACCUGGAUAUGGAGACCCAUCCGUAUGAGGUCAUCGGCAAAGAUGGAAAGAUCAGGCUUGCGUGUCUGUCGCCGGGAGUCGUCAUCGGCUUCUGGACGGGGCAGGGCAAUGUGGCCUUCAUCAUGAUCAGCCUGCACUUCCACAGGCUGGUGGAGAAGAUUCUGCUGGGAUCUCCAGUAUGCCCAUAUUCCGAACCUUUGGACCGGCCUCUCGUGGACGACUCAGACCCUAAAUUUGGUCUUCACGGCUACACUCUGCACUUCGUCCUGCACAAUACCAGGACCCAGAUCAUGUCGAGACACUUUCGCCGGCUCUCCUGCAGCACAAUUCAACAGGGACUUGCUGAGAUGAAGGUCAUCAGCAGGACUAACGUGUCCCAGCACCGAUCGCUGUCUGGAAGCAUCCGGCUGCCCUGGAAGAGGGAGAAGCUGGAAGGCUCGGUAGAGAACUGCUGCAUUAUGACGUUGACCCUGCUGGACGACUUCCAGAAACCCUUCUGGUGCGUCAGCACCCCCGUCACCAUCUCCAUGGUGAAGAAGUCUCAGUCGUUCGACUACAGCGGCACCGACUUCCUGAUGGUGUACCGCAGCUCUGAGGGGCAGGUGAAGAUGAAGCUGGUCUGGCUGAAAGAGCAGCAGCAGUUCUUCCUCGUCGCCCUCACGCUCUACGUCUCCAUCCUCAAAGUCAACGCUCACUUCAGCACCAAGUACAAAAGCUGAACUGGUCCAUUUUCUUGUGUUUGUCUGUUUUGAAUUAAAAGAUAAAAGUUGAAUUUUAAUUUCAGAGAAGAGAUUCUGGUGUUAAUUUUAUUCAUUGAGACUGUGUGAGUGCUUUUGUUCUGACCUUUGGUUUGACUCACAGUCAUGUGACAGGAUCUCAUGUGUAGAAUAAACUGCACAUUAUUUCAGUGAAAUUGUUUUAUUUUUGAGAAGCACUUUGCAGAUUAAAUAUAAUUUUACAUUAAAACCUUC